AUGGCUGGUGAUACUACUGGUGUUGUAGGUUUAGGUAUGGUUGGUGAUACUAGUGGCGUUGUAGGCGUUGACAUCUGUCAGUUACCCCCAGAACGCGGCCCUUGUCGUGCGUCGUUUCGACGGUAUUAUUACAGCCCAACUCGUCAAAGGUGUCUGUCUUUCGAAUACGGCGGAUGCCAGGGGAACGAAAACAACUUCAGAAGUGAAGAAGAAUGUGAGGCAAGGUGUGAAAAAAGAAAUCCCUACUAUUCUACUGAAGAUCCUAACAUUGGUGGCGACAUCUGUUGGUUACCAAGAGAACAUGGUCCUUGUCGUGAAUCGUUGCAACACUACUACUACAACUCUACUCAACAAAGAUGCUUAUUAUUCAUUUAUGGUGGAUGUCGAGGAAAUGCAAAUAAUUUCAGAUCUCGAGAAGAAUGUGAGGCUAGAUGUGGACAACAAAAACCACCCGCUUCUACUGAAGAUCCUAAUAUUGGAACGCUUAAAUGUAGAGCCGCCUGUCGGUUACCGAGAGAACAUGGUCCAUGUCGUGAUUCCAUACGGCGGUACCAUUACAGUUCAAGCCACCAGAGAUGUUUACCGUUUAUAUAUGGUGGGUGUGGAGGAAAUGCGAACAAUUUUGGUACUCGAGAAGAGUGUGAAACUAGGUGUGGCCAAGAAAAUCCGUAUUAUUCUACAGAAGACCCUAAUAUUGGUGGCGACGUCUGUAGGCUACCGAGGGAACAUGGCCCUUGUCAAGAGUCGUUUCAACGAUAUUACUACAGUCCAAGCCAGCAGCAAUGUUUGUCUUUCAUAUAUGGCGGAUGUGGUGGAAAUAAAAACAAUUUUGUAACUCGAGAAGAAUGCGCGACUAGAUGUGGAGGACAAGAUCGUUACUACACAACUGAAGAUCCUAAUAUUGGACAUCGUAACUACGUGUGUAGCCGAACCAAAGAAAAAGGACCGUGUGAAGGAACCCAUCAUCGGUACUACUUCAGUCCGACAUACCAGAGGUGUCAUAAGUUCGUUUACAGUGGGUGCGGAGGCAACGAAAACAACUUUGAGUCUCUUUUAGACUGCGAGAGGUACUGUGGAGGAACCACAGGUCGUCCCGAGAUUUCAGGCCCUGACUUUUGCAAUCUUCCCUAUGAGCGAGGAACGUGUUUAGGCAUAUUCUACCACUUCUAUUUUGACCCUGACGAAAAGAGGUGUCUGACGUUUGAAUACAGUGGAUGUGGUGGAAAUAAAAACAAUUUCUACACUCUUGAUGACUGCAGAAGGGUGUGUCUGAGAAGUGAUCCACCCGAGGAAGGUUAUUUUGCUGUUCCAGUAUUUUGUUCACUACCACAAGAUGCAGGUUUCUGCACUGGCAACUUCACUCGUUACUACUACGACACCUCUCGGCAAGGAUGUGAAUCUUUUAUUUAUGGCGGUUGCGGAGGAAAUGAGAACAACUUUAAGACUCGAGAGUUGUGCGAGAACACGUGUGAACCUACACCAGUUGCUUGAAGUAGCAGCAUACAAGAACGAAAUUGAAGAUUGUUCAAGUUGUUUCUUGUUCGUAGGCCGUUAAAUUUCACUAAUAUAUAAAACAUUUCAUUAAUAAACUGCUUGUUUCACUAAAUACUAAAACUUUCAAAAUAAUACAGAAAUGCUAUUAUGUAACACAUUCAUAUUGGUAAUAACAUAUUUGCUACAGUACAAUUUUUUUGACGUAUUUUUAUUUUUAAUAUACAUUUCUUUGUAGGCAUUUAUUGUGUUCGUACUUUUGGUGUCAAAGAAUAAAAAUGCAAU